AUGGACAAUUCACUCAGGAUGUCUAUCGAAGAGUCCAUCGAAUCCAAAGCGCAAGCUCUCCACACGCACAUCUUCUCCCAACCCCAAGCCCAAUACACCAACAACCCCUGGGCUCUGGUCAACGCAAUCGAGGAGUUCGCCAUCUCCAACAAAAUGAUGACCUACCGUGACGGUAAGAUCCGUGCCACGAAAGCGCAGCUCGAACGCAUGCCACGCGCCCCUCGCACCCUGCUUGAAUUCGGCACCUACAUCGGCAACUCCGCCAUUGCCUGGGGCGCCAUCCUACGUGAUCUCAACCCCGGUGCCGAAUCGCCCAGCGUGUACACGUUCGAGCUGAGCGCUGUGAACGCCGGUAUCGCGCGGGACUUCAUCCGUCUUGCGGGCCUGCAGGAUAUCGUGCAUGUCGUGGAGGGCGAGAGCUCGGAGUCCUUGCGCGCGCUGCAUGCGGAGGGGAAGUUGACUCCGGGGAACGUGGAUGUGGUGUUUUUCGACCAUUGGGAGAAGUUCUAUGUGCCGGAUUUGAAGAUCGUGGAGGAGUUGGGUUUGUUGAGGACUGGGGGGCUGGCGGUGGCUGAUAAUACGGAUUUCCCUGGGGCGCCGGAGUAUGUGGAGUAUGUCCAGGGGAGUAAGAGGUAUCGAACGGAUGUGAUUGAUUUGGAGGAGUUGAAGCCUAUGCCGGUGAGUUUCUCUUUCUUGCUCUUAUGGACUGUCUUCUCCCUCAUCAUCAUCAACAAAGCCGGUGGGUUAGUCUACCAGCGCGAAUUCCAGCCCGGGCUCCGCAAACUCUCGACGAACGAUUAUCUCGUCCUAGCAGGCACAUUUCACGGAGUCCACGCCAUCACCCGCUCCAUCACCCCCCGAAUCCCCAUCUCCUCGACCCUCCCACCCACCGCCGCCACCGUAUCCUCCUCCCCCUCAACAGUGAUAUCCCCCUCGGGGACAUCGACGCCAACGACCUCCACAACCCCCUCCGCAACAGCGCACUCGUUCCCCAUCCCCGGCGUCCCCGUAACGGGGCUCGAGACGCUCGAGACGGAGAAGUUCCGUCUGACGUGUUUCCAGACCCUCACGGGGACGAAAUUCCUGUUGUUUACGGACCCGAUGAUGGGGAAUAUUGAUUCGGUGAUGGUGAAGAUUUACGAGCUGUAUGCGGAUUAUGUUAUGAAGAAUCCGUUUUAUCAGCUGGAGAUGCCGGUGAGGUGUGAGGCGUUUGAUCGCCAUUUGGGGGGUUGGUUGAGGGGGAGGACGUGA